CCGGCUGGAGCAGGAGAGGGAUUCAGAGACAGAGACCUGUUGGACUGUAGGAGGACAGUGCUUCAACCAGGAUGAACUUUGCUGCCCAGUUAUUCUACUCGAGCUACUUGAGCGAGCGACUUGAGCGUUUGUACUCACCUAGACCUGCACUUAAAGACAGCGAGGAGAAUGACCCCUUCUGGCAGAGGUGGGAAAUUACAGCAAGUAACCCCGAGGAUCCCCCAGACCUCUCCCCUACCCAGAUUAGUCCCGUAGUGACAGAUUUACUCUCUGCCCAAAGUUCGGAGGUAGGUCCAUCUUCCACAGCGUUAGUGCCUCUGUCUUCAGAUCCCUGCAUUCCUCCUCCACAUCCACUUUGUUUGCAGCCUACCCUAACAAACACACCCUCAAAACUUACGCCUCGUCCUCUGCCACCUCCUCCUCACCUUGAUCACAAAAGGAAAUCAACAAAGCCAACUGUUGGUCCUCCAAAUCCACGUUUGGCUGCCGGGGUCCCCAAAUCUCGGUUCCACAAACUUCCUCCUGACAGUCCUCUUUCUCCUCAAAUGGUUUUACCCCAAACUUCUCCUGCUCCAUCUAGGUCCCCAGCAGAAAUUGCCUCAUCCUCUUCCAUUUCCCCAUCUUCUUCCUCCUCCUCUUCCUUGGCUCCAGCUUCUUGUAGAGGAAAGCUACUCCCUUCUUUCCAUGCCCUGGUAAACUUGCUCCUUCGCUUGGUCCUCUACCUUGUUCUCCUCUUUGUUCCCAGAGAGGAGCUGCGUCUGGGCCCCAGUCAGCCUGGUUCCUCUUACAAAUGCGGUCCCGUCAGUAAUGGCACGGCGGGCCGCAGACCCACCCUCAUCGAACCAGAGCGGCUGAAGGACUUUGGCGAGGAGGAACUUCUCAAUGGGGAUGUGAGGGUCCAUGACACCAAGGUGACAGGGGGUCCUGAGAUCAUGCUCAUGGACCCCCCGAAAACUAGAAGAGUAAGCGAGUUCAGGGUCGUCCCCAGACCUCCUGUCCAGUACCUCCGCUUUGAGGACAUCAGCGCAGCAGCCUUCAGGAUCCAGUCAGGGAUACAGAAGACACCCUGCACGUACUCCAGGCUGUCCAAACAGUACGGGAUGGAGAUCUACCUGAAGAAGGAGCACCUGCACUACACAGGCUCUGUGAAGGAGAGAGGAGUGCUGUACCUGCUGACGUCCCUCACUCAGGAGCAGCAGAGGAAGGGUGUGAUCGUGGCCACCGACUGUAACUUCUCCAUGGCCGUGGCUCACCAUGCAGUGGAGCUGAAGAUCCCGGUGUUUGUCAUCAUGCCGUCGUGCUGCUCCUCAUCUCGCCUCAGGAUCUACAGAGACUACGGCGCCAUGGUGAUCUCCUACGGCAGCACGGGUCACGAUUCCCAGAACCACGCCCGCCAUCUGGCCAAGGAGAACGGAUACCUCUAUGUGGAAGAAGAUGAAAGUGCAGUGUACCUGGCAGGACUGGGAACUGUGGGCAUGGAAAUCUAUGAGCAAGUGCCCAAACUGGAUGCAGUGGUCAUUCCUGCUGCUGGACAGUACGGCCUACUGGCUGGAACCGCUGCAGCCCUCAAGCACCUCAACUCACGGAUUCUUGUCAUAGGAGUUGAACCAGAAGGUUUCCCUCUGCUGUUACAGUCUCUGAAAACAGACAGUCCAGUCAAAGACAUGCACAGCAACCCUAAUAAGAAACUCUAUGGAGAUCUUAUGGAGCGUUCGCUCGGUGUGAACACCUUCCAACUGGCAAAGAAACUCGUAGAUAAAGUCAUCUCUGUCAGGGAGGAGGACUCUCUGGUGGCGAUGCUGCGGUUUCAGGAGUUUGAACGCUCCACUGUGGACACAGAGGGAGCCAUGGGACUGGCUGCCAUCUUGGCCGGACAACUUCCAGAGUUGAGAGGCAAAAAGGUCGCUGUAGUGGUGAGCAGUGCAAACAUGGAGCUGGAGCUGGUGAGGCAGUGUGUUGACCGAGCCCUGGUGCUGGACGACCGGGUCAGUAAGUUCUCUGUGCAGCUGGGAGAAUGGCCGGGAGACAUGGCCAAGCUGCUCGAUGUCCUCUCCAGGGAAGACGUCAGGUUGUUGGAUGUCUGCCAUCGGAGACACGGGGACAAGUCAGACCUCUUCAAGGCAAAGGUGGAGUGUGUAGUGGAAACCAGGGAUAAGACACAGAGCGCUCAGCUGCGCAAGACACUGAGUGAGCGCUACCCUUCUAUAAACUGGCUGGACCGGUGAUCACAACAUCACAAACAUCAAAAACUAUAUUUACAAUAGAAAAAAAGAGAGGAAAUGACUUAUAAAGUGUGAGAUGACUCACAAACACAUCCUAUAACAUACAUUACUGUCAUUAAUGAACUGUAUUAAAUAAAACUCAUUAAGAAAAUGGCUGUUCAGGAAAAAUUAAGACAAAAAGCCUUGAGAUUAUAGAGCAAAUACUAUUCAUUUUACUUCUAUUACUUAUGCUGCUGUUUUUCUUUAACCAGGGCUCCCUGUAAUUAGAAGGAAGUGGUUAGACUGCAUUCAGAGGAUGAAUAUAGUUCUUAUAGGUCACCACUAAUCACAGAGCAUGAAUCAUCCACUGAGGAUGCAGCCUUAGUCCUGUAGUGGUCUCAUUCUGAAGUACUCACCCUACAGCUCCCUGAAACAAGACAUCUAUUUUUCAAUCCAUAUUUUUAAACUGUUGUAUAUAUUUCUGUAUUUAUACUGUCUU